AAUUUCCAAAGAGAAAACCUCUAGCAUUUCCAAAUUGGAAAGUAAUGUUGGGUUUGACACUUUCGGCUUUAGCCAUUCUCUCAGUUUCUCAACAUCGUUGAUCACCUCUCACCUCUGGUACGACUUGCUGCUCACUAAUUUUCUCCACUCAAAUGGUAAUCGAAAAGCUGCCCGAAGCUCUGCUCAUGGAGAUUCUGUCCAGGCUUCCAGUGAAGCCAUUGCUUCGAUCCAAGUCCGUCUGCAAAGGCUGGUACUCUCUCAUCCAAAACCCUAGCUUCAUUUCCCUCCACCACAAUCACGCCGCCUCUAUGGCGGUCGCCGAAAACACCGACUGCCUCCUCGUUAAGCGAUCCCUCAACGGCGGCUACGACGGCAUCAUCUUGUCCUUUGUCCCUAACGAAACCCCAAUCGAGGAUAUUGAUGUAUCUUCCCUUGGUCUAGAUAUUCCAGGUCUCGAACUAUUGGGUCCUUGUAACGGUGUCGUUUGUCUCACCGAAAGCGGGUAUUACUCGACCAUUGUGUUGUGCAACCCUUCGAUGAGAGAAUUCAGGGUACUUCCUCAACCCUCUUAUAAAAAAGGCUAUGUAGCUAAUUUGGGAUUUGGUUUUGAUCCCUCUACGAAUGAUUAUAAAGUGGUUAAGUUCGGAUAUUACAAUCCACAUAUCCUCACCGAUGAGAAUGACGAAACAAUGGAAAUAUAUGAGCUGAGUACAGAUUCUUGGAGGGAAGGUCGUGUGAAUUCCCAGAUUCAGUUUGGUUUGCAUUUCGUUUGUUUAUCUUUUGCGUCGUGUAAAGGGGAUUUUUACUGGUACAUGUUCUGCCCCGAUGGAGAUGAUGCUAUUAUUGUGUUUUGGAUGACGGACGAGGUGUUCGAUGCAAAGCCCUUGCCGGAAGUUUGCUUGUUUGACGAUUCCAUAGGAAGUGAACUUUUCGUUCUGAAUGAUUCCCUUGCCCUGGUUCUUUAUCCAUCGGAGUGGACAGAACCAUCGUCGUUUUCUGUGUGGCAUUGUCCGAUGGAGAAGUGCUUUGACAUUUGGGUUAUGGAGGAACAGGGUGUUGAGGUAUCUUGGACUAAAAAAUUUGCUAUCGGACCUCUCCAGUGGCUUGAAUAUCCAUUGGGAUUUCGGCGAAAUGGUGAGUUCCUCUUGGUGAGUGAUGGUGUACAGAUGAUGUCUUACAACCCUGAUACCCGGCGGAUAAAGGAGUAUCAAGUGUAUGGUCAUUCUCCUUCACGGUGUUUACAAGUUCUGCUAUACACAGAGAGUUUGGUUUCAGUCAAGAGACACAAUGAGCGUGAUGGACAUGAUGAUUUGCAGGUUUAACUUGAUUGUGGGCUUACUAUCCUCAUGACUAAUAUAUGUUUUGUGCUGCACAACGGACUUCUGAAGUGCUUUAGGCAGUCGUUGCCUUUCAUCGUCUUUGAAAAGAAAAAAGAAGGUAAAUGAGGGGUUGCAUUCAUCUGUGGAGAGGUCUCCUUGACACUCUUCUCCCCAAAGGCAUUGAUAGUGAAAGCUACUUUUUCCAGGCCUGCACAUCCAUUUCACACCGGUCAAUUUUUAUUACGGUCUAAUGAAGUUUCUCCUACUUAUGAAAACAAGUGUUUCCAUUUCCUGGUUUUGCGAAAGGUAGAUCCAAGAGGAGUUCAUCUUUGGAUUAUGUACUGAGUUGGGGUUAAGAUGCUAGAUAUGAAAUGAGGAGUUGUAUAGUUUUCUUGAAAGCGAAAGCAAGUGAGGUGUUGUGUCUGUUGCACGUGGUUACUCAUUGCUGCGAAAUAUAACCUCUAAUGAAUUUGCUCAGAUGAGGAGAAAGUUGGAAAGAAGUCACAAUCUGAAUCUUCAGAACCAUACCUCAUACUGCCUUCUAUCAUUCAGAUGAUCUUGAAACUGUCCACUACUAGGGCCAUGGUGUCACUAACGUUUGUUUUAUGAGGCUGUGUAUCUGUUCAUACUCUUUCAAUGUAGUAAGCUAGAAUUCGUCUUUGCAAUUGGAUAGUAGUUGUAUGUUCCAACAACUUUUUUCGGUUUAGUUUAGUUUCUGCUAGGUUUGUUUUUGUUGUUGGGAUCGUGUAACACGAGAUUAAUUGUUGCACUGUUGUAUGGUAUUGUGUGGCUCAGUGUGGUUCUCUUCAAUAUGUUUCAUAACCAAGUUUGUUUGUUUGUUUCCCAA